GAAAAACAAACAAAAAUCUCAUUUCAUUGCUCAAUAUUUUAUCACGUGAUUGCGCAUUCGCAAUUUGCACUCAAAAGAAGGGAGCAAACACGAGACAGUUUGUGCCACACGCGUUGCCGGGGAAAAGUAAUAACCUCAGAGACGCCAACAAAAAAUUCGUAAGGCUGCGAUCGUAAACUACGUAGUUACAAAGUUAUUCGCCAAAAUUCAGGUGACGUCAACAUGCAACCUCUAAAGUUAGUAGCAGUUGUGCUGAAGAUUGCCGAAAUUGUGUUUCUUCUGGCGGGGACAGGAGUCGUUGGAUAUUUCAUAAAAGAAUAUUACGAUGACACCAAGAAACUAAAAUACGGAUACGACCGCCGGGAUAUUGGUGGAUUAGAAAGAUAUGAAUUUUACCUAUACACCACUGUCAUCGGAAUAAUCUUCGCAAUUAUUUCGUUUGUGGCGCUGAUUUUGGGUCGCUUGGAGAAGAAAAAUAGCGGAAUACUUGCAAUGGUCGCCGUUCAUGCAUUGUGGGCACUGCAGCUAGUUGUUGCAACAGCAUUGCUUGCUAAAAUUCUGACCACAUUCGAAGAAGUGAAGACUAUCAUUGGCUUACGCGUUGUAGAGAAAUCCCUUUGUGAUAGUUUAGAUGAGAGUGAGAAAGAUUACCAAUGCAGUCACCUUAUCGGCGGAGUGGUAUGUGGUUUUUUCGCUUUCAUUCUUUUCUGUAUUGACACUGUUGUCUACAUCAUUUGGUGCAACAAGUCUACUGCUUAGAAGAAAGAGUUUCCAAGCUCUAUUUUGUGUAUUUUUCAUUAUUAUUUUGUCUUUUAAGACGAAAAA